AUGCUUGUGUGCUACUGGUCCCCCAAGAUAGUGGAAUUCUGGGAGCACUAUCGAGAACAACGGCAAGAUAGGUUGAUGCUGCUGACGGCAGGAACAGAAACAGAAGACAAAGAAGAUCUGGCUGAGGAAUCUGCGUUCAAUCCAAUGAAGAGUCCAGAAGCAGCUCCGUUGUCUCCUACACCCAGCGAUACCUGCCCUGAUCCACGCUUCACUGGCGGUUUCAUCUUUGAGUCCUUGGAACCCAGGCAACAAGCACAGAAACCAGGAGGCAAUCCAGCUUCCCCAUCUGAACUACCUAUAGGCCCUCAGUCGGAUCCACUAGACUCAGACAUAGACUUAUCUAACCUGAGCCUUGUUCCCGUGGGUCCUCCGCGACCCUCCGACUCAAGAAUCAUGGCAGAGUUCCUGGCAGCGGCUGUGCUGAUGGUCUUGGUGUGGUUCUCUGUGUGCUAUAGGCAGUUGCAGCAUAGCAGUAGGAAACAAGAGACGGAACCAAUUAGUCAGGAAGCACAAAGAGAGAAAAGACCAGAAACGGCAGCACUGCCUGAACCUGAACUUGAACAGAUGGAGCGCAGACCAACGACUUGUAGAGUCAAAUCCAUGAUGACGGGCGUGGAUGUGGUGGUUCAGCAGGAUGACGAGUCUCAGCCAGGUGCCAUCGUCGAAGUAGAACUUUCCAGGCAACUUUGUCGAUCCAACAGCCAUAAAUCGACCGUCAGCGUUCGCAGUGCACGCAGCACACGCAGUGUUCGUACCACUCCCAGUGAAGACAAAGUCUUGGAGUCCUGCAAUCACGUAUUUGAGGAUGAGGAACACAAUCAUGCCAUUUAUCAACUUACCACUACUGCACCGGUUGAACAGCGGAAUCCACAAGACGAAGACACUGCUAGUAGUAGUACGGGUAGAAGGACAGAACGUGAAGGCAACCAACCAAACAAGACAAAGAUGUGCCACCGUUGCAAAACCACUCUGGAUGCUAGUUGGAGAUUCUGUUGUUCUUGUGGUGCCACAGUCAGUAUACUGGCAUCCACUCCCAUACAGUUGCACACAAGUAGUUUCCGGACGGCCGUGGAGGACGACGACCUGGAAAUUGUCAGGUCGCGGUCCGAAGAAUGCACGGCUUCCACCACCGAACACGUACUUAAGAGAACCAACUCUACUGGAAGCAUGUCCUAUUUGACAGCCAGGAGUGUUCAGUCGCGAGCUAAAGAAGCAGAAGAGAACAGUCAUACUAAUGCCCGAGAAGCGAUCGAGCCACAGGACGAGACAGUUCAAGCAGACCACCCCAAGAAACCAACGACGACGUCACUGGAGAAACUGGCAAGGAAUAAAGCUUCAGGGCAACAGGAGGAUGAGGAAUUGAUCCACAAGGAUGAUUACCCUGCUCCUUUCUGUUUGUCGGAUGAUGUCACGAGCAACAUUAGCUUGUUUGACCAGAUACCACAGUACCCAAGUGCCGUCACGAUUACGGAUCCAGUCGCUGUUGCUGCCAUUCUUGGUGGUGGCGCCGUUGCCGUUCAAGAAUCGUCCAUGAUGGAUCCUCUCAACAUCAAGUUCCGAAGAACAGACUCGGUUUGCAUCGGGUCGAGACUCUGGCCUCUCGCCCAUUUACAGACAAGAUAUCCACCCAAAUGGGGACAUCCCAACAAAGAGGUAAUUGCACAAGUCUCGUGGUCGUCGUCGGCAACGCCCAAACCAGAAGUAGUGACUACAUCAAGUUCUUUGGAGGAGUGGAUUCGUGCCUCUCGUUGGUCCAGGCCCUCGGCGUUACCCAAAAGAGUCAAACGAGCCAAGGUCUACGUCGAAUCGAGCAAUUUCAGCUACGACACAAGCGGAACCAAGCGAGAUCACAGGACGACACAUUGGCAUUUGAACUUUGCUGGUGAUCGGCUUUUUCGUGCUGGAGAAGGAACGACUUUUGAAGAAGAAGAAUUGCAAGUCCUGGAACAUCCCUGUCUGGCAUCCCUGGCAAUAGCCAUUCAAGAUGCCAGGGUACAUCGUGUGGAAGGACUGUCGACGCUGACUCACGAACCAGAAGUCGGACCGACGCCCAUCUUGAUCAAGGGAGCCCAACGAACGUGCCAUAUCAAUACUCGAAGGUUGGACCCAGAGUUUUUGGAUGGCGCUGCUCCAGAAGAAGUUCGAGAGGCGACGGAAGCCUUGCAGAUUCCAGUCACUAUCAACAUUGCGGCUUUGCCAGCCAUCCCACGCGGCGAGGGACGCUAUACUGUCAGCCAAAUCCGAAGACUCUUCAUCUACGCCUACACGGGCUUUCGGGCCGUGGUACUCGAGAGCGGCGGUCGCAAACCCGUCCUGCACACAGGAUUCUGGGGCUGUGACGACCUGCAAGGAGGAAACAAGGGGCUGACAUCAGCCAUUCAAAUUCUGGCGGCUGGAACUGCCGGUAUCAAGUACAUUCAUUUCAAACCGGGCGACAAUUCGGCCUUUGAUCGCAGUGCCAUGUGGCAUGGAAUCAAUGUGGCCAAUGCGCUUCAUGGACAGACAUUUGAUUCCGUGGUGAAGCUGCUAGUGUCCUCAGGCUACUCGUGGAGUGAUCAAGACCGCUCGCAUCUGCCGUAUCAACCGCCUCCGGCCAGUAUCUGGACAAACUAG